AUGUAUGAGUCGCAAAUUUCUGGUUUAGAAAAAUCUGAUAAUGCUGCAGCUUAUUAUAUAUCAGAAUUGGAUGUGACGAAAUACAUAACUGAUACAAUUGGUGCGGAAGUGAAGGAAAAUCAAUUGUAUAAGGACAAAACAACACUAGUUGAUGUAAUGGGCAAAUACAAAAUUGAUAAUGGAUUAAAUUUCAAAGUUAAAAGAUCUGACAGUAAAAGGUUUCAACUAGACGAGAAACCAUGUCCACACGAAAUUGCAGUGUUGAAGAGCAAGAACAUUACAGACAUGCACCCAUACUGUUAUGAUUACUACACACUAGAGGCAUUGGCAAAUACUUAUGAAUUGCCAAUGGUUCCAAUGCCAGAUAAAAAAGAUUGA